UAAAGCGUUUGGAUGAGGGAAGAAUAGUUUCUGGCUUGUUGAUGUGACCAAAGACUGCUGGAUUGUAAGAUGCCUGGAAUUUUGCAGAGGUAGAACUUGUGAAGCUGUGGCUUUUUACCUGUUUUGUAAAGACGAAAGAGUGAAGAAGAUGAUGAUGAUUCCUACCUCUUGUAGGAAAGGUCUGCAGUUGUGUUUACUCCUACUGUUGGUGCAACAACUACAUUGCAGAGUAACAGCACCGGGACAUGUGGAAGCUCCACUGGACAAGCCCUUUACUCUUACCUGCAGUGUUUCAAGGGAACGAGGUGACGUCUUGAAGCAGGUGCGUUGGCUGGACGUCCAGAACCAGACUCUGCUGAGUUAUCAGCCCAGCAACAGAGACAGUGUGAGUGGCCAGCAGCAUGUGGAGCUUGCUCCUUCUCCAAAGGAUACCUCCGUUAUCACCAUCCGUCGGGUGAGCUUCCGUGAUGAAGGCUGCUAUACUUGCAUCUUUGAUCUGUUUCCUUCCGGUCCAAAGCAGGGACACACAUGUCUCACUGUCACAGCACAAGUCACAGCUGACAGAAAUAAAACAGCAGUGAGUGGCAAGAAGGCCUCCCUGUCAUGCUCCUAUGGUUUGCCUGAAAAGGUGCAGCAGAUUACAUGGAAACACACUUCUGCCCAAGGCGACUCCACAGACGUGGCUUCUUUUGCCAAGCGGAGUGACCCCAUGAUUGAGCCAACGUACCAGGGAAGAGUCUGGCUUGCUGCCUCUCUUUCGGACAGCCAGCUCACCAUCCAGCCUGUUGCUAUUCAGGAUGAAGGUUGCUACACCUGCCUGUACGAAACGCAUUCAGAUGGGCCGAAGAGCUCUGUGGUUUGCCUUUCCACCUAUGUGCUGCCAAAACCUCAAGUGAGCUACAAGACCACCUCUCCAGGUGUGAUCGAGGCCAACUGUACCUCCGUGUCUCGGCCCCCAGUGGAGAUUGUGUGGAACGUUGAGAGAGACAACCGCACUAUGGGCCCCCCUGUGACCACGCUGUUGCCCCAGGGUGAUGGGACCACUUUGGUCAUCAGUACUCUGACUGUCCAAUCAGGGUUGUUGAAAGAUGUGUCUGUCAAAUGUCUGGUGCAUCACAAAGGGCUCGAAUCGCCAAUAGCUGUAUCCAUGAACACUAAAAUUGGCACAGCUCUCACCAUCUUGAUCUCAGUCACCACAGUCGCAGCUCUGCUGGUCAUGUCCCUAUGCUUCUGCCUUUGGAAGUGUUUUUUGCGUAAAGAAGAUGAUUAAUCUAAAAAGUGACCAGAGGCUGAAAGGAAGAUGACAUGCUCCUCAGAACCCGCCUUAGACGAUGGCUUCCCUAUUGCAUCAUUGUCAACAUCAUCAUCCUUGCCAUUAUAAAGGUGCAAAGGGAAGAUGUUUUGACGCACCUCCACAAGAUGUCCAGUACAAUCCCACUUAUGAGCAUCAACUGGACGACAUUCAGCUGUGCUCUGCUGCCGCUGCAUCUGACGCUUGUGUAAUCUCCAGGCUGUCUUUACACAAUGUCUAUGAGAUGUGGUUACACAGAUUUUAUUUCUCUCUCACUGGAUCUGUAAUUGAUUGAGUGGACGGCCACACAUUCCACAGCCAACAGCGGAGUCUCUGUAUGGCUGAGUGUACUACAGAGAUUUUUGUACCACGUUGCAUCUCCUCAAAUACCUCUUUCUGUUGUCCUCUGUCUUUACCUUUUUUCUAAAGUGGAGGUGGUGAUGAAGUGGUGAUGUGGACGUCUUUAAAUCCAAUGAAAUGACAUAAUACAUACUUUGAUAUUUUGGGAAUUGGCAUGUAUUUUUUACAAUAAGCAAAUAAAAGCAGUUGCAGACCUUAUGCUUUUGAUUACCCAGCUAAUAGUUGCCAUUUAAGGUUUUUCUUCUUUCCUUAAAGACCUCAGUAUUAAAGAGCUGGGUGGAUUAUGGACAAUAUAGAUUAACUAUAAGACCUUUAUACUCAUAUAGUCUAUUGCAAACUUUUCUGCAUAGUUCAGUGAAUUUGUGGUGUGUGUGUGUGUGUAUUUGUUAGAAGCUAAAUUCCACGGUCAGAUGGCUUGAAUCAGUUGCCUAAAGAAGCAACAGUGAAACCUUUGAGGUACCCCUGAAAGGAAUGCGUAUCUUGUUGCUGGUUGUGUGGUUGGUCACUUUGUGUGUCAGUGCAUUAAAAUAAAUUACUUGAGGACUCCGGGUUAAAUAUCCCAAAGAGACACUCAUUUUUAUGUUGCUAUGGAUCAAAGAGCCACCAAAAGUACUGGUCUAUGGUUAUAUUGCAAUGAUGCUUCCAGGUAAUGUCAUGUUCACAUGUACCCAGUGAAUUUUUAAAAGCUGUUGAAAUAAUACUGAAGCAUAUGAUUUGCAUCUGAUUUGCUUAGUUUUUCAGUGCUCCUAUCAUAUGAUAGUUAGCAGAGGAACGUCUCGUUUUCUGACUAUUAAGAGUUUCUCUUAUUUACUAACAGAGUCGAUGGCAUCUGAAUAUUUCUGAAAAUGGUUCCAGAGCAUAUUUUUGAUUUACUGAAAUGUGUUGAGGCAUCCAGAUUUUCAUGGAACAGCUGUAGACCUGCAAGCAAAGAGAAGAUGCAUUAUCACCAACUAUGCAUGUCAAGUUAAUGUUAUAAAUCAAAUAAUAAAAGAACAGAAAAAAGUAA